CCUACACUACUCCAUUGUCAAUAAUUCUCUCCAAAGCAAAGCCAAUAUCAAGCACACGUCUUUCCUCAUAACGACUUCUUUGUCGCCUUUACUAGACUGGACCGAAUAAAUACCAGGAUUAUAAAAAGAACUUUCUGUGAAGCAAACAUUGAGAAACAAACCAAAAAAUCAUGUGCUGUGAUGGAGAUUGCAAGCCCCUGGGUUUCCUCCUUGGCCUUCCCUUUGCUUUUCUUUCUUUAAUCGUCUCUAUUGUUGGCGUUGUUGUUUGGAUCGUGGGGUUGUUGUUGACAUUGAUCUGUCCUUGUUGUUUGUGCGUGACGGUGCUAGUGGAGAUGGCGCUGGAGUUGAUCAAAGCUCCAAUUCAUGUGAUGGAAUGGUUCACUGAACAGAUCCCUUGUUAAUUGCUCUCUCAGUCUACAACGAUUGUUGUGAUCUCUUUAUUUUUCAGUGUUUUAGCAUUACAUAUAUAGCUGGCUUCACAUAUUUUCUGGAUCUCUUUGCUAUUUAUUCGGUUAUUUGAUUAUUAUUCUAAUAGGGGAGAAAUUUAGGCGAAUUUUCAUUUCAGGAUUCUUGACUCUUGAUUAUACAUACUUUAUAUAAACAUGGGACUUUGAUUUCUGGCUAAUUUAUGGGGAUAUUUCUACCACUCGAAUUUUUACUGUAUUUGACUUUUAAUUAGUACAAAGUAGUAUUUCUUUAUGGGAAAUUUUAUAGAACCUUGUUUUUCACUUCGCUUCCUGUAAAAAGUAGAACGUAACACGUUGAUUAGUAAAGAAUUGUUUUGAGAAAAAUCGGCGCUUGAUUAGAAGAAAAAAUCAAUAAAGCGGUGCCUUCAUUCUGGAAUUUUCCUUAAUCUCGUAUAUGCACAUGCUCGGAUGUAUAGAGGAAAUUCCCAUAAAAUAAGCACCACUUUUAAAAAA